AGCAUAAAAUAUAUCCUUAUUUACUCAAAGAUUUGAUUAUUUGUAGAGUUAAUCAGGUAUGGGCUACUGAUAUAACAUAUAUUAUGGUAGAAGGUAAGUUUGUCUAUUUUGUGGCAAUAAUGGACUUGUAUAGUCGCUAUAUUAUUGCUCAUUCAUUAUCACCAUAUCUUGAUGCUGGAUUUUGCCUUUAUACUCUCAAAGAAGCUCUAAAACAAGUUAAACCUGAGAUUUCUAAUAGCGAUCAAGGAGUGCAGUUUACUAGCUAUAACUUUAUUAUGGAAUUAGAGCGUGCUAAUGUUAAAAUCAGUAUGGACCAUAAAGGACGUUGCUUCGACAAUAUGUUUGUUGAACGCUUAUGGAGAACUUUAAAGCAAGAAGCUAUAUAUUAUUAUAAACCAAAUAGUAUCAGAGAUUUGAAUCUUAUAAUAAAUGAUUUUGUUGGUUGGUAUAACUAUAGAAGGCGACAUCAGACUCUACAUUAUAAAGUUCCUGCUGAUCUUUAUUAUCACAAACAGUAAAUGAAUAUAUUGAUAAAUACUUUAAAUGUCUGUCGACGUAUUUAUCAACAUAUUCAUUUUAAAAAUCGGAUUACUAUGAAAAAAAUGGUCUAGACAAAUGGGUGCACUAUAGAGGCUGCUUGCAUAACUCAAAUUUUAAGGAAAACUAUUUAAUGUCAUUCCAGCGCGUGACGCUGGAAUCCAGAAAAAAAAAGUAAUGGAUCCCAGUGUCAGCUACUCGGAUGACAUCGAAAUGUUCGUACAGAUAUUCGUCACACACCGGAAUAAAAAUUAGACUUGCUUUGUGCAAAAUAAUUUCAAGGCCGCAUUUUCUUUAUUUUGCUUAUAGCUUCCACAAGCAGUGCAAACAUAAAUGAAGAAUACAAACAUGCUUUUGGUAGCUCUAUGUGAAGUCCUUCAAGUAUUAAAUAUAUACCGAUGAGUAAAAUAAAUAGAAUAGCAAUUACUUUUAAGCUUGGGCUGGAUUUUAUUAACUUAGCGGUAUAACUUGAUGAAAAUAGCAUUGCUAAUAUGGAAAAUGUAAAUGCUAUAGCAAUGAUUAUCAUAUUAUGAGUUAAUUCUAUAGCAGUUAAUAUUGAAUCAACAGAAAAAACUAAAUCUAUUAAUAUAAUUUGUAGCACAACUAAAAAAAAUUGUGAUUUAACGUUUGCCUUUGUUUUGUUCUCCUUAUGUACAAAAAUUUCGCUCCAUAACUCCAUAGAACUUUUAACAAUAAGAAAUAACCCUCCUGCAAUCAUAAGCAAAUCUUUUACUGAAAUAUCUAGUGAUACAGAGUAAAAUAUAGGCUUUUCCAUUGAUAAUAUAUGUAAUAUAAAAAAUAGUAUUACAAAACGCAUCAAUAGCGCCAAGCCAAAACCUAUCAGGCGGGCUCUUUCUCUCAGCAGAUUUGGCACCUUAUCAAUUGCUAGAGAAAUAAAGAUUAAAUUGUCUAUACCAAGUAUAGUUUGAAGUAGCGUAAGUAUCAAUAAAGUCCAAGCAUCAGCUAGCAUUUUCAUUCCAAAGUCAGCCUUUGUACUUUACAAUAGAUGUGUAAAAAUUAAGUAACUUCGACUAGGUAAUUAAAAAAUCAGCCUUACACGGAAAAGGGGGAGAGAAAAAAGAGCAUUUUUAUAAUAAAAGUACUUUUGUAAGAGAAAUAAUGAAAUUAAAAAUCUCUUUACGAAGAUUUUAAAUAGAUUGUAAAAUAGUUGUACCAUGAAAAUAUAUGCCUUCUUUGUAGACUAAGAUUUUUCUUUAAAUUAAGAUAGAUACACGAUAAAAGGAAAUAUGAUAAAAGAGUCAUUAGCAAAAACUGAUAUAGUAAAAGUUGAAGAUAAGAAAGCACCAAAGGGCUUUUUUAAAAUAUUAGGUGAAGUAGCAGAUGCUGUAAGGUCAGGGGUUGGCAAUAUUGGCCCUGAUUUAAGUAGUAGUCGCGAUGUCGAUAGUUUAGUCUUGAAGAUGAACGAAUGCUUAAACCCAAAGGGGGGUGAAGUCUCAGCACGUAAGAACACCGUAUCUCUUGGUAAUUUGUACUUGAGUUUAUCAGAGGCAGGUCAAAUAAAUUUUUUACAAACCCUGGCAGAAAAGUUCAAUCCGGAUAAAACGAAAAUAGAUGAAGAAAUAAAAGUAUAUAAGAAAAAUCAAGAUUCUGAGUCGAGCUAUAAGUUUGAACAAGACUUAAUAAAAGUCCUUGAAUCACCACGCUCUAAAAUAUUGAAGCAGUUUAUCUCCUUACCGGAGGGCCUUAAGUUUAUUGUUGAUAUGCGUUCUGAUGUACUCAAGCUGAAGAAUCAAUAUAAAAGUCUAAGUCCACUAGAAAACGAAUUAAAAAGUAUACUUUGUACUUUGGUUGAUGUUGAUCUACUUGAUCUUCAUCAAAUCACUUGGGAUUCACCUGCAUCAUUGUUGGAAAAACUUAUAAAAUAUGAAGCUGUACAUAAAAUUUCCUCUUGGGAUGACUUAAAAAACAGACUAGAUUCUGAUCGUCUCUGUUUUGCUUUCUUUCAUUACAAAAUACCAAAUGAACCUUUAAUUUUUGUAGAGGUUGCACUGAUGAAUGAAAUUGCAGAUAGUAUUCAACACGUUUUGGACGAGUCAGUUCCUUCAAGUGACCCAAGCAGUGCAAGUACUGCUAUAUUCUAUUCAAUAUCAAACACUCAAACUGGUUUAUCUGGAAUUAGCCUCGGUAACUUUUUAAUAAAGAGAGUCAUAGAAAAACUAUCGCAAGAAUUUAAAAGCGUUAAAGUGUAUGCAACUCUUUCUCCAGUUCCUGGAUUUACAAAAUGGCAAAAAAAAUCAAGACGUAGCUUUAUUAGGUAAGCUUAAUAUAAAACAAUCAGGUACAGAAAUUUUAGAAAGCAUAAAAACUAACAUUGAAUGCGAAAAACAGUCCCUACUGAAACUUUGUGCACAUUAUUUGCUAAAGGUUAAAAGCAGUGGUGGGGGUGCUUAUGAUCCAGUAGCACAUCCAGUGCAUCAAUCAAACAAAUCAACUGGAUGGCUGAUACUUCUGAAAAAGGCAUUAGUCAGUCAGCCGGAAAAAUGGUGAAUUAUCUGUAUGAGCUGCCUAAAAUAGAUAACAAUCAUGAGAAUUAUAUGAUUAAUAA